AUGUCUUCGAUUGCUUCUCCUCCACCCAGCUGGGUGGUUGAUCUGAACACGCCUCUGCCCAAAAAAUCACCCAAGACCAGCAACAUCCGCAACCCUCCUGGUUUCGCGACAAAAUCGACUGGCAAGCAGCAACGCAAUGCGCAACCCACACGCGAACGCAAGCCCGCCGAGACGGAUACUCUCAAGCUCAAAAAAGCCUGGGAAGUCGCCCUGGCUCCGUCAAAGCAGAUCCCCAUGAACGCUGUUAUGAUGUACAUGUCCGGCAACAGUCUCCAGAUUUUUAGUAUCAUGAUGGUUUUCAUGCUCUUCAAGGGGCCCAUUCAGGGCUUGCUGGCGACCAAUUCGCAGUUCUUGAAGUUUGAGACGGAAUCAAAUCGUACCCAGAUCUGGGGCUGCAAGGGUGUAUACGUGUUGGUGCAAUUGGCUUUGCUGGGUCUAGGCAUUUGGAAAGUCAACCAGAUGGGAUUGUUACCAACUACGAGAUCGGAUUGGCUGGCAUGGGAGUCGGAAAGACAGCCUUUAGAGAGGGCCUAUUUUGCUUUUAGCUGA